CAUUUUUGUAGACUUUGCUGUUGUUUAUUAAUAGGUCGACUAACUCAAGUAGCGGCCUGUUGCUGCUACCAUCCCUAGUGGAACUUGAACUUUUGCAUAGUUGGGUAACUGACCCUAGGAUUAAGGGGCCUCCAGCUGAACUCUUUCACAGCGGAGAAACCUUAGCACUCUACUCCCACCUGCAGCUGUGUCCAGUCUGCAAGGGGUCUCGGACCCACCAAUUGUGGGCGGAAGGGCUGUCCAGUGCUUGCCCCUGCGUCUUCCUUCCGUGGCCAUGGCUGUCCCGCAGCGGCUCCUGAUCCGCGGAGGCCGGGUGGUAAAUGAAGACCACUCCCAGUUGGCUGAUGUGCUGGUGGAGGAUGGCGUGGUACGAGCGCUGGGGCCCGACCUCCUGGCGGCUGGGACUUCGGCUGAGGGGCUUCGAAUCCUUGAUGCCACCGGCAAGCUGGUGCUGCCCGGGGGCAUCGACACUCACACCCACCUGCAGUUCCCUUUCAUGGGAUCCCAGUCUGUGGAUGACUUCUACCAGGGCACCAAGGCAGCUUUGGCUGGAGGCACCACCAUGAUCAUUGAUUUUGCCAUACCUCAGAAAGGCUGUUCCCUCAUUGAGGCCUUUGACACAUGGAGAAGCUGGGCAGAUCCCAAAGUCUGCUGUGACUAUUCACUUCAUGUUGCAGUUACAUGGUGGAGUGACCAGGUCAAAGAAGAAAUGAAAACUCUGACACAAAAUAAGGGUGUUAACUCUUUCAAGAUGUUCAUGGCCUAUAAAGACCUGUACAUGGUUGGAGACCUGGAGUUGUAUGAGGCUUUUUCUCAGUGCAAGGAGAUUGGAGCCAUCGCGCAAGUUCACGCUGAGAAUGGAGACUUGAUUGUUGAGGGAGCAAAGAAAAUGUUGGCCCUGGGGAUAACAGGUCCUGAGGGCCAUGAGCUGUGCCGUCCUGAAGCCGUAGAGGCAGAAGCUACCUUUAGAGCCAUCACCAUAGCCAAUGCUGUGAACUGCCCACUCUAUGUUGUCCAUGUGAUGAGCAAGUCCUCAGCUAAGGUGAUAGCUGAUGCAAGGAGAGAAGGAAAGGUGGUCUUUGGGGAGCCUAUAGCUGCUAGUCUUGGAACAGAUGGGACUCACUAUUGGAAUAAAGAAUGGCAUCAUGCUGCCCACUAUGUCAUGGGACCCCCGCUAAGACCAGAUCCUUCAACUCCUGAUUUCCUUAUGAACCUACUGGCUAAUGGCGAUCUUACCACAACUGGGACGGACAACUGCACUUUCAACACUUGCCAGAAAGCCCUUGGGAAGGAUGAUUUUACCAAGAUCCCUAAUGGGGUCAAUGGAGUUGAGGAUCGAAUGUCAGUCUUAUGGGAAAAGGGUGUGCAUAGUGGCAAGAUGGAUGAAAACCGAUUUGUUGCUGUUACUAGCACUAAUGCUGCUAAAAUCUUUAAUCUUUACCCAAAGAAAGGAAGAAUUGCUGUAGGAUCUGAUGCUGACAUUGUUAUUUGGGAUCCAAAAGCAACAAGGACUAUUUCUGCAAAAACUCACCAUCAAGCUGUUAACUUCAAUAUAUUUGAAGGAAUGGUUUGUCAUGGGGUGCCUCUUGUGACUAUUUCAAGAGGCAAGGUGGUAUAUGAAGCUGGAGUUUUUAAUGUCAGUGCAGGAGAUGGAAAAUAUAUUCCCCGAAAACCAUUUGCUGAAUAUGUUUACAAACGCAUCAAGCAGAGAGAUGAGGUAAAGAAAGCCAAGGAAAAAAGAUCCAGGACACUAUAUCUCCAGCGCAGUCAUAUGACAUGGUCUUAUCUAGAAGCACACCUGGUAUCAACACCCAAGGAUCUUUUUGAAAGAAUAAUUGCAAUGGAACUUCUUUUCUCUCAGAAGUAAAGGCUGCCCUGUUGCCAGAAUUUUAUGAGGAAUCAAAUUAUAGAUAUAAAUGAAGAUGAUGAUUUUGGAAAUCUCUGUAUGAAAGCUAAUCAGGAAUCAUAUGGAAAUGCAUUGAACAUUUUAAUUUUAGGAAUAGAAGUUAUAUCACACUCAGGAUACAUCUGCUAUUAAAACAUGCAAUUCUCUAUUUUCAUUAAAAUCAAUAAAAAAAUUCAGAUCUUCA